AUUUUAUCAAUUAAUAAAUUUUGCACCUAACCAAUGCAAUUGUUUAUUCCUCUUUGAAGAGUAAUAUAACUUAUUCAUUUUGUGAACAUGGUACUUUUUGUUGAUAAACUAUAAUUUAAUUUGAUAUAAUGUAAAUUGUGGAAUGUAACUUGUUCAUAAGUAUUUUAAUGAAUAAAAUUAAAAUGUUUUGAGAAGGUGUAAGUUCAUAAUUCAAAUAAGUUAAUUCAUAAGUUAAAGGGUAAGAAAAUACUUUUUACUUUGAUUCGAGAUGUCAUUGCUCAAUUCAUCAAACUUAAAAUGUUAUUGCUUAAAAAAGUAUCCAAGUCGUAAUUACUUAUUUUUAAGUCAAACAUAACAAGUGUGAGUGUAAUUUAUCCAAAAUAGUAAGGUGAUUGUAUGGACACAGAUAAUGAUAUAAGUGGUGGAAUAAUAAGUAUGUGUGGAAAAGGAAGACUUCCACAGAAGUAAGUCAAUCCAAUUCUAGUCCACAUGAGAAUUAGGGGAACUAUUGAAUGUCAUUUAAUUAUUGGUGGUUUGUGAAUGGAGCUUGAUUAGGUGAACUAUUUGGUGGAAAAAAAAAAAAAAAGGUGAACUACUAAAUGUCAUUUAAUUAAUUAAUUAUUUUUUUCCCAAAAAAAUUAAAGUGCAAUAUAUACAUAUGUAAAAAUAAUUACAAAACAAGCUAUAAGCCUAGUCCAAUGUAAAGGCCCAAUCGAUUUACAGACUAGGAGAUAAUUAAGUUCUAUUGAUGAAAAAAAAAAAAAUCACCUUGUUUUUUUUUAUAAUAUAAUGAAUUUAAGUUGUGAACUGCUAAACAAUUAUUUAUUUAUAUUUAUAAUGAUUUUCUUAACAUGUAUACGUGGAUUACUUGAAGUAAGAGGUCCACAUUUCUAACUUUUAUGGCGUAAUUACUUAGCACUCAAUGGAGAGGUCCACAUUUCUGAUCAAUUUCCCCCUAUAAGGGCCCCACUGAACAUGCGAAUGAGCAGUGACAUAUGUGGUUUGUGAAUGAGAGUUAGCCAUAUGCUAUCGUCCAAUUAGACAAUAUUAUCACUGCUUUCUUCCAGCAUUUACCAUCUUGGUUCAUUGAGAUCCAUCUCUUGCAUUGUGAAACCAUAAUCAACUCUCUUUGCUCAGUAACUAACAAUGGCAGAGACACUUCUUGUUGAAAUUGUGCUGGAGCGUUUGGCCUCCUUCGUAGAGGGGGAGAUUGGGUUGAUAUGCGGUGUUGGUAAGGAGAAGAAAAAGCUUUCCAGCAAGCUCACUACAAUAAAGGCUGUUCUUGAAGAUGCUGAGCAGAAGCAACUGCAAAACAAGGCGAUUAAGAUUUGGUUGCGGAAGCUCAAACAAGCAGUUUAUGAAAUUGAUGACGUCUUGGAUGAGAGCGCAACCAAAGCCGCGCAAUUGGAAUUUAAACGCAAUAAUUCUGGAUCUCUUGAUAAGGUAAAGAAACCUUGUUUUGGGAUGCAUCACAUCCCUAAGUUGCUUUGAUGCCUUGAAGUACUUUGUUAUAAUUUGGGAAAACAUGCAAGUGUUAGCAUGUAGUACUAUUUUGGUGUAAAAUGCUAUUUUUGCUUUGAAAUAUGUAAUGUGUACUUAAGUACACUUUUUGAUACUUGUUUUGUAUGUACAACAUGAGGCCAAGGGCCAUUAACUUGAUAUUCACAAGCAUGUUCUAAAA